UUCAUUUAUCUACAACAGCUCUACUAACCACAUGUGUUACUAAUAUGUUUUAUUAUUACUACUGUAUCACAUGAUAAACAUUUAUAAGAAUAUGUGAUAAUAACAUUUGUAUGUGUACAUAUCUAUAAAAUGUAUUGAUCGAAUCAAAGUAUCACAAUGAUGGCCAGUGAUCGCAAUCAAGUGGUCAAGUGUCUCUGCUUUGCAGUAAAGUAAAAACGUGUCAUUUUCCUAAAACACAAGUUUAUUUAAUAUCUUUUGUCAUCUACUAGUGACCAAAAAUAGUUAUAAUAAGGCAGUACUUAAGUCGCAAAAAAGUAAUAAAAAUGUUGAACAUUAAAUAAAGCCAUUGAAAAUAAGAUUUUUUUUUAAUAUUUCUAGGUUACUUUAUUUAAUCACAUGAGUGGCGCGCAUGAAUAAGAAUGUUAAUUUCGAUACGUGCAAGUUUCAAAAUUAUGUAUUGAUGAUUUGUUAAUAAUUCUAUACUUAAUUUUUCUGUUGAUCAAAGUCCAUGAUUUUUAUUAAUUACUGUUAACAUGGAGAAGCAUGAUGCAUUGUUACAAGUACAUUUAGAAAGGCCAAUGUAUGAACAAGAAGCUUUAAAUGAAGAUUAUAAUUAUGAAAUGCCAAAUAUAUCUGUUUUCAAAAACACCAUACAUGCUUUGAAAUCUAAGAAUUGGAAAUCAUGCAUGACAUCCACAAUUCCUUCCAUAAAUUGGUUGAGAAGUUACAAUUGGAGAAAAAAUAUUAUCUCUGAUAUAAUUUCUGGUUUAACUGUAGCAGUUAUGCACAUUCCUCAGGGCAUGGCUUACGCGCUUUUGGGAAAUGUACCACCAGUAGUUGGCAUAUACAUGGCAUUUUUUCCUGUUUUAGUGUAUUUCCUUUUUGGCACAUCAAGACAUGUGUCUAUUGGAACUUUUGCUGUGGUUUGCCUAAUGACUGGGAAAACAGUGAUGACUUACUCGAUACCACACUAUGAUGAGAGUACAACUCCAAAUGCUACGGAUAUAAUGUUCAAUCAUACCAAGGAACACUUGUAUAUGUAUACACCAAUGCAAGUUGCAACAGCAGUCACAUUCAUGGUUGGGAUAUAUCAGAUCAUAAUGUACAUAUUCCACUUGGGUAUCAUAAGCACAUUGCUUAGCGAACCUUUAGUAAAUAGUUUUACAACUGGUGCAGCAGUUUAUGUUUUUGUAUCCCAAAUUAAAGAUCUCCUAGGUUUGAAAUUACCAAAGCAGAAAGGAUAUUUUAAACUUAUUUUUACAUUUAUAGAUAUUAUUAAAGAGAUACGAAAUACAAAUAUAGCUGCUGUGAUUGUGUCAUUGAUAACAAUUACUUGUCUUACUUUUAACAACGAAUUUUUAAAGCCAUGGGCAAACAAAAAAUGCAGCAUUCCAAUACCAAUAGAACUGAUUGCAGUUGUAAGUGGUACUUUAACUUCAAAGUACCUUGGCUUAUCUAAGGAGUAUAAUAUCCAAGAUGUAGGGAAUAUCCCCACAGGUCUUCCAUCACCAGCAAUACCAACAUUUGAUUUAUUACAUCUUGUAGCAAUAGAUAGUAUUGCUAUAACCAUGGUUUCUUACACUAUAACUAUAUCAAUGGCUUUAAUAUUUGCACAAAAACUUAAAUACAAAAUUAAUUCGAAUCAAGAACUUCUUGCAAUGGGUAUGAGUAAUAUAUUUGGAUCAUUCUUCUCGUGCAUGCCAGUGUCAGCAUCAUUGAGUAGAUCUUUAAUUCAACAAACAGUUGGCGGCCGAACACAAAUAGCCAGUAUUGUAUCUUGUUUAAUUUUACUUACUAUUCUUUUAUGGAUCGGUCCAUUUUUUGAACCACUACCAAGAUGCGUUCUUGCAUCAAUUAUCGUCGUAGCUUUGAAAGGAAUGUUUCAACAAGCUAAGCAACUUAUGAAAUUCUGGAAAUUAAAUAAAUAUGAUGCGUUAAUUUGGAUCGCCACGUUCUUAAUAGUUGUUGUAGUGAGCAUCGAUAUUGGUUUAUUGUUUGGAAUAAUGUUGUCGCUACUAAUUAUUUUAUUACAAAGCAUUAGACCUUACACUUGUUUGCUGGGACACAUACCAAAUACAGAUUUAUAUUUAGAUUUGAGUAGAUACAAGGCGGCGGUGGAAAUUCCUGGAUUGAAAAUUUUUCAGUAUUGUGGAACUCUAAAUUUUGCGAAUAGUAAUCAUUUUAAAUCCGAAUUGUAUAAACGAGUAGGAGUAAAUCCACACAACGUUAUAGAACACAGACUGAAAUUAAGAGAGAAAGGUAUUUACAUAGAUACAGGAGAUUCGGAAGACAAACAAGAAUUACGAUGUAUCGUAAUGGAUAUGAGCGCCUUAAGUUAUAUUGAUUCUAGUGGCGUAGUCGCGUUGCAUUCGACAAUAACGGAAUUUAAUCAAAUCGAUAUAAACUUUUAUUUUGUAAAUUGUUCGAGUCCGAUUUUUGAAAUGAUAAAAAAAUGUGACUUGUACUUACACGGAAAGCUGACAUUUAAGAUCUUUCCGACGAUACGAGACGCUAAAAUGUACUUAGAUAACAAAUUUUAUUCAAGAUAAUAUAUGUAAAUUUUUGUACAUUUGUUAACCCUUUGACUGCGGGACGAUUUUUAUUGGAAAUUUUCGUGUACGAAUAUAUACGCCUUUCGUAGUCAAAGAGUUAAUGGUUAGCUUCUAUGAAUGCUCUAUAACACAUGUAUAUACAGUUACGAAUAAAACUUAUCAACUUGUGAUAUUGAAACUAUUGUACACUGUAUUUUUCU